AUGGGAAUACGAUGGACGGAGGAUCGAUCCAUUGAGGUGCGUCUACGGACGGAGGAGAGCAAAGGCGAGAGGAACGGAGUGCACCGGCCGACGGAGAGGGCGAGAGGAAGGAGAACCCAACGAGCCGUGGCGACGAGGGGACAACGAUGGUACCUGGAGUGCUCCACCGGGGAUUUCCUUGUAGGGCCAAUACCGUAUGCUGUCAUUCUCGGGAUUGAUUGGCUCGUUAACCACAAAGUGGCGUGGUAUUUUCAGUCGGACAAGCUCAGGACUUAUGUAAAUGGGCGGUGGUGCGAUCGGCCGGUCUUGUGUAGAGAGGGCGACUCGAGUCAGGGCACUCAGGCUUACGCGGAACCAGUCAAGACGGCGGCGGACCACGCAUAUGACGAUUUGGCUAGGCAGGUUGAUAGAAUGUCAGCGGAAGAGGCUGCAGCCCUUCUUCGACCCCCCACCAAACGUUACAAAUCCAGGCACCGUGCUCGUGGUCGGGUGAGAAUAAAGGAUAUCCUACGGGAGGCGCGGGAAGACACAGCAGCUUUAAAGCGGGCUUUAGAAGGAUUACACUGCGUAGUUUUCCUAUCGGCAGCAGAACCUGAUCGUGUCGUUCACGUUCCCAUAGAGCGUCAGGGUCCCCUUCUGUGCGCGAUUGUAAAACACCUGAAAGUAAUACACGUUGAGCCAGGCGCUCCGCCGAUCAAGCCUAUAGAUACGGCGCCACCACCAUCUGUGGAUAUAGACGACUCACCAUGGCCUACAGCUAAGCUACAAUAUACUGUCCGGAGGCUCUUCGUUUGCCUACACAGAUUCUUACCGUUCUGCGUCAACAUCGACUCCUGCUUCCCGAUAGUCUGCCUGACGGAUUGCCACCCAAGAGACCUUACGAUCAUCGAAUCCUCCUUUUACCCGGCAGGUUACCGACGCGCGCGCCCCUAUACAAGAUGCCAUCUGAACAGCUGGCUUAUCACACCAAGGAGAUAG